AACAAAUAUCUGCUAUAUUGAAUAUACCAAAGCCUCCACUCCUUGACACUUGAGCUAAGCACCUGGACGAUACACCAUCUGAAGUGCGACCAAGCAGCGAGACAUCCGAGAUGGCAUUUGUCCUCACCCCACGCUUCGCACCAGCCUAUCAGGCACAGCAAUGCAACCCCUUCGGUUUCUGCGCCCCAGUAUCGCGGUAUCCGCACAACUACCGAGUCGCUCGUCCUCGCAUGGAGCGCCUGCAGAACUCAACCUUCAACCAUUUCUUUAGUCAGGUCGAUGAGUUACUCGGCGAGAUUCAACGCGAAUCACAACACCAGGAAAAGAUCGAGAUUAUGGAGGCUCAACGCGAGGCUCAACGUCAAGCACACCGCUCGAGACAGCAACGUAAGCGCGCUCUACGCGCUCAUUUUGCCGUCAACCGGACUGAGCAGGGGUGGCAAAUCGAUGGCGAGAUCCUGGGCUUCGACCAAGACAACAUCAACAUUGAGGUGACUGAUGACUACACCUUGAAAAUUUCUGGAAACACCCAGGGACAGGUCGAAAGCAGCCUGGAAUCAAGGCCACAACAAUCCCCAUCGAGUGCUGCGCCAGCUUUCGACGAACUUUCCAUCGAAAAGAAUCAUGAAGAAAAUACGGAAGUCAUUGAGUCCGGAAUCAAAAGCUCCAUGAAAACGCCGACAGCUAACACUGGAGCCGCUACACCGGAUAGCGACACCCAGUCACAUCGAUCUUACCAGGCUACUGUUGAGGACGACUUCGAAGACCUCGGUGCCGAAACCUCUUCUUUGGUCUCCACACCAAGAUCUUUAUCACCUUCUGAGAGCACAGAACCUCAGGCCAAGGAGAACGCUAUUGGCGACACCGCUGUUGCUACACAGCGACAACCCGAGGCACCGGUCCAGCAGAUAGAUCCUUGCCGGGAGGAACGUGUCCAUGGGUCCUUUGAGCGCACAUUCCGCUUUCCAGAGCGUAUCGAAGUGGCUAAUAUUAGCGCUAUAUUCAAAGAUGGGAUACUGAAGAUCUCGGUUCCCAGAGCUCAGGUUCAUAGCAGGAGAAUUGCUAUUUUGUAAAGCAUCGAUGGCCGCAAACUCUGUUAUUCCAAGUGCAUACACUGGGCGGGAUUGCUCCUUGAAUUCUAUACUUGGACACUAUUAAUGAAUGAAUUUGUUCCUCUGUA